AUGGCGAAAAUGUACGGCAAGGGAAAGGGUAUUUCCCGUUCAUCAUUACCCUACAACCGAAACGUUCCUUCUUGGUGCAAAACCAACCCUUCAGAGAUUGUUUCCCUCAUUGUUAACUUAGCCAAGAAAGGUUUUACUCCAUCACAGAUUGGUGUAGCUCUAAGAGAUUCCCACGCUAUUCCAAGAGUUCACAGCAUUACUGGUAGCACUAUUUCUGUUAUUCUUAGGAAAAAGGGAUUAGAAUCUGAAAUUCCUGAAAACCUUUACUUCUUAAUGCGUAAAGCCGUCACUAUUAGAAAGCAUUUAGACAGAAACAGAGCUGACAAAGACGCUAAGUUUAGACUUUCUCUUUGCGAAUCUAAAAUACAUAAAUUAUCUAGAUACUACAGAAGCCGAAGAAAACUUCCAGCCAACUGGAAAUACACUGCUUCCAAAGCUUCUGCAAUUGUUGCUUAG